AUGGGUAUUUUCAGAUCUGAGACUAUGGUACACGGUACCCUAGUAAUUCCUCACGAGAGAGCGAGAAGCUGUAUAGACCUGCUGAGCAGACACGCGAACAUCCAGUACAUAGAUAUGAACGAGAAGAGAAUGGAGAGGCCGUACAAAAACUAUGUGCAGAGAAUAGACCACAUGGAGAGAAUGAUAAGAGUGCUGUACGAGGAAAUAGGAAAGCUCCCAAACUCGAAGAUAGUUAGACACAACAUCGACAACUUCCUGGAACACGAUAACAUGUAUAGACUGGACCAGGUGGAGGAGUCGCUGGUGAAGCUGUACGACCAGUUCCAGAUGUUCAAAGAAAACGAUCUGCUGCUGAGGUCGGAGCGAGACGAGGCGCUGAGCGAGUACUACGUGCUGCUGGUGGCGCUGAAGCAGCUGAACCCGCAGACGGAAAGGUCGCUGUCGGACGUGCACGCGCACUUCUCGCCAUACUCGUCGAACGUGGACGUGUCGGAGGCAAACGAGCACCUGCUGAACGAAGUGACGCAGUCGGACACGGAAAUGAUUAACCUGUCGCCAGCGGAAGGAACGUCGAACUCGUCGAUAUCGAUAUCGUUCACGAACAUAGCAGGGCUGAUCAGCUCGCAGGAGAAGGAGGCGUUCUCGAGAGCAAUCUUCAGAGCAAUGCGCGGAAACGUGUUCACGCUCCUCCACGACACGACUGAGCUGAAGGAGGUGGUGCUCUCGGCAGGGCUGGUGGACGAGGAGGAUUUCGACGCGGAGGACAAGACCGUGUUCGUAAUAUACUGCCAGUCCUCGAGCAACAGCGCAACGUACAAUAAAAUCAAGAAGCUGUGCACAGGUUUCCAGGCGAAGCUGUUCAACUGGGCAAAAACGCAGGACGACGCAAGGUCGCGCCUGCUGCUGCUCCAGGAAAGAAUCAUGGAUAAGCAGAGAGCACUGGAGGCGUACAAGAAGUACUUCAGAGAUGAAAUCGCGUGCAUGCUGGAGGUGAUCAGGCCGGGAGGAAACAGCAUCAUCGAGGAGUGGUUCCUGUUCUGCAAGAAGGAAAAGUACCUCUACUACAUCCUGAACCACUUCGAAGGAAGCGAUAUCACGCUGAGGGCGGACUGCUGGUUCCCAGCGGAGGAGGAGGAAAACAUAAGGGAGCACCUGCUGGCGGAGAGAGCGCAGGGCAGCGUGAGCGCGCUGCUGCUGGUGGACAACCAGCCGCACACGACUGGCCACGGAGCGGAUACGCACGUGCCGCCGACCUACAACAAGACGAACAUGAUCUCGAAGUCGUUUCAGAACGUAGUGGACACGUACGGGAUCCCGAGGUACAAGGAGGUUAACCCGGCGCCCUUCACAAUCGUGACAUUCCCCUUCCUCUUCGGACUCAUGUUCGGAGACAUCGCGCACGGGACCUGCGUGAUACUCUUCGCGCUCUUCCUCAUCUUCUCAUAUCGCAAGCUGAAGCGCAAGUUCACGGGAGACAUCUCGAACAUGAUCAUCGAGGCGCGCUACAUGAUCCUGCUCAUGGGGAUCAUGGCGACGUACACAGGCUUCAUCUACAACGACUUCCUCUCAAUCCCGAACAAUUUCUUCGGCACUAAGUGGGUGCCGAGCGGGACUGUGGACAAGCUGAACAGCGACGGCACGUACACGGACACGUUCGUGAGGGCGGCGGGCUCGUUCCCGGUGGUCUUCGGACUCGACUCGGCGUGGAUAGGAGCGCUGAACGAGCAGUCGGUGCUGCACUCGUUCAAGAUGAAGUUCUCGGUGAUCAUCGGAUUCGUGCAGAUGACGCUGGGAAUCGUGCUCAAGGGCUUCAACGCAGUCUACUUCGCGAGCUUCCUGGACUUCUUCUUCGAGUUCCUCCCGCAGCUGGCAAUGAUGUGCUCAUUCGUGGGAUACAUGAACUUCCUGAUCUUCUACAAGUGGCUGACGCCGGUCGACAACGGGUUCGCGAAGCCGAGCAUCAUCACGACGCUGAUCGACAUGUGCCUGAUGAAGAAGCUGGAGAAGAACGAGAUCAUGUACGCGAGUCAGCAGUCGGUGCAGAAGUUCCUGGUGAUCGUGCUGCUGACCUCAGUGCCGAUGAUGCUGAUUCCGAAGCCGCUGAUCCUGUACUUCACGCUGAAGAAAAACAGGAGGUCGCACGGCUCGACCUCGACCUCGGGACGCGACUACGAGAUGGUCUACUGCGGUCCCGAGGACCUCGACGCAAUAGCGAGCGAGAGCAUACCGAACUACCCGCACCGGAGAACGAGCAUGGACCUGGGGACCGCUCGCUUCAAGCGAGUCGAGGGCUCGGGCAAGGAGUUCUCGGUGACGAUCAACCGAGAGGAGGAGGACCCGGAGGGAGGCCACGGGCACAUGAAGCUGUCGGACAUAGUGAUUCACCAGUUCAUAGAAACCAUCGAGUUCAGCCUCGGCACCAUCAGCAACACGGCCUCGUACCUGAGGCUGUGGGCGCUCUCACUCUCGCACCAGCAACUCUCGCUGGUGCUCUUCAAGCAGCUCGUUUUCAGCGCCCUCGACAGCCAGUCGAACGUGGUCGUGAAGGUGAUCGACCUCUUCAUAAGGACGAACUUCUUCUCAGUGGUGACAUUCUUCAUCAUGCUCUGCAUGGACUCGCUCGAGUGCUACCUGCACGCGCUGCGUCUGCAGUGGGUCGAGUUCCAGAACAAGUUCUACAAGGCCGACGGGUCCCUGUUCAAGCCGUUCAACAUAAAGCUCCUGCUCAACGACCCGAGCCUGAUGGAGGUCAAGUAG